AUGGAUGAUUCACAGGCCUUCUCUGCUGAUGGCACUCGUAUUGCUCUUUGGGAAUCGUGCUCGAACGUUCAGAUAUUCAAUGCUUCAAUAGGCCAUAUGGAACAGGAGUUACCCAUUUCCGAUAAUGGUAAACCUCAUCUGGUAUUUUCGUGGGUCCAUUCCGGUCCGAUGGAAUUCCCUUCAACUUAUGACAAGUCCCUCGGACUGGUGUUCUCCCCUGGUAAUACCAGGAUUGCCUCUUUUGGGGAUGAUGGCUUUGUCUAUAUAUGGAAUACAAGCUUCGGGGCAGUUGAAACAUAG